AUGACGGACACGGUGAUGAGCAACAGCUCGGAUCGCUGGGCGUCCAACGACAGGCAGAGGAGCAUGCAUGCUAGUGAUAAAGAACAGGGCAACUGGACCAUGCAGCCAGGCCCUGGUCCAGGUCCAGACCUGACAGAUGAAGAGAAAGAGAUUAUAAACAGUGUAAUUGCUCGUGCUGAGAAAAUGGAGGCCAUGGAGCAGGAGAGAAUUGGGCGCUUGAUAAACCGCCUGGACGACAUGAAGAAAACUGUGUGUGGGGAUGGAAUGUCCCGCUGUUUGCUGUGUGGGGAGCAGCUGGGCUCACCUGGGGUCAGCUCAGUGGUGUGUGAGGACUGCAAAAAGAACAUGUGCACCAAGUGUGGUACACAGUGUGGCAGCCGGCCACGCGCUGUGUGGCUAUGCAAAAUUUGCAGAGAACAGCGAGAGGUGUGGAAGAGGUCUGGCGCCUGGUUCUUCAAAGGUUUUCCUAAGCAUUUCCUCCCAUCGCCCAUGCCAUUAUCUAAACAAAAAGAGAUGGGUGCCCAGGAUGCAUAUGAGCCCCAGGGGCCACCAGCCCCUGAUCCCAGACAGGCAGUAACCCAACCACAAGCACCAGGACCAGAGCCUCAGGGUCGUGCUGGUUACCCACCUGUGGCCCCUAAACCAUCAGUUGGGCGCAUGGCCACGGGUGGGGCCGGCCCUGAGGAGGCAGGGCAGGGCAGCCCCGUGGUGAUGAAGAAGAUGGUGCCCGUCCAGAGCUCCAGACCUCAGCCUGCUGCAUCGACCACGCUGGCCCAGCAAGGUAAGAUAGCAGGAGAUGGGGGUGCUUACUCUUCUGGUGCAGCUCCUCCAGAGCAGAGAGCGCCUCCUGCAGUAAGAGAGGACAGGAAACAGCCUGCUGCCUACAACGCUCCUCCCGCCCGACAGCAACCUCCCCCAGCUGAGGAGGAGGAGGAAGCCAACGACUAUGACUCUGAUGAAGCCACCACUCUGGGUUCUCUAGAGUUCAGUCUGCUCUAUGAACAGGAAAGCAACAGCCUCCACUGUAGCAUCCUAAAAGCAAAGGGACUGAAGCCCAUGGACUCAAACGGACUGGCAGAUCCUUAUGUCAAGCUUCAUCUGCUGCCAGGGGCUAGUAAGUCUAACAAACUGCGCACAAAGACCCUGAGAAACACCCGCAACCCUGCAUGGAACGAGACCCUCACCUACCACGGCCUGACAGAUGAGGACAUGCAGCGCAAGACCCUCAGGCUGUCUGUCUGCGAUGAAGACAAGUUCGGGCAUAAUGAGUUUAUUGGGGAAACCCGGGUGGCACUGAAGAAACUGAAGAUGAACCAAAAGAAAAACUUCAACGUGUGCCUUGAGAGAGUUGUCCCUACGAAGAGAACUGCGACAGCCGGGGGAGCCAGAGGCAUCGCUCUCUACGAAGAUGAGCCGGGGAAAGAUGGCGGAGAGGUGGAGGAGCGCGGCCGGAUUCUGAUGUCCCUCAUGUACAGCACCCAGACCAACCGUCUCAUUGUGGGUGUGGUGCGCUGCGUUCACCUGGCUGCCAUGGAUGCUAAUGGCUACUCUGACCCAUAUGUCAAAAUAUGUCUGAAACCUGACAUGGGGAAGAAGGGCAAGUGCAAAACACAAAUCAAGAAGAGGACUUUGAACCCAGAGUUUAAUGAGGAAUUCAGCUAUGACAUCAAACACAGCGAAUUGGCCAAGAAGACUUUAGAUAUCUCUGUGUGGGAUUACGAUAUCGGCAAGUCCAACGACUACAUCGGUGGGUGUCAGCUGGGUAUCACUGCCAAAGGAGAGCGGCUGAAGCACUGGUAUGAGUGUUUGAAGAACAAGGACAAGAAGAUUGAGCGCUGGCACACCUUGUAUAACGAGAAUCACGUUGCAAGUGAUUAA